AUGGUUCCUCACAACGACGCACUGGUAAUAUCUUUAGUUAUACAUGACACUAAUGUAAAACGAGUCUUGAUUGAUCUAGGUAGCUCUGUGAAUAUUAUUCUAUUACGAGUUGUAGAAGAGAUGCUGAUGGGCGACCGUGUAAUACCAAAAGCACGUUCCCUAUCUGGAUUUGAUAACUCUACUGUCAUUACGAAAGGGGAGAUUGAAUUAAGCACUUACGCAAAAGGGGUCAUCAAAGAAACAAAAUUUCAAGUUAUUGACACAGAUAUGGCCUAUAAUGUAAUUAUGGGAAGGCCAUGGAUUCAUGACAUGGACGAUGUACCCUCAACACUACAUCAGGUUAUCAAAUUCCCUUCAAAGUGGGGUAUUCAACAGAUUCGAGAAGAUCAACAAAUUUUGAGGAACAUCAACUCAGUCAUACACUCAAGCCAAAAAGAUGCGAGAGCAGAAAUAAAAGACACGAGUGCAGAUCAAGCAGAUAUGGGUACAAGUGACAAAGAUGCGGUAAAUCAAAUUUCAACAAAGAUUACAUCAAAAUAA